AUGGCUGAUUUCCAGCAAAACCCCCCGGAAAUUCCAGAAGAUGACAAGGAUAGACAGGUAGGCUUCAAGCAAAAAUCUAGAAGUCAAAAUGUAUUAUCCAUUUUCAGAUUCUAGAACUUCAGGAAGAAUUGAGAAGACUUCGAGAAGAGUUGACAAAAGUUCCGGAAGAGGAAAAAGAAGAAGAUGAAGAUGAAGAGAUCAAGAUUGUUGGAGAAGUGGUCAAGGAUUCUAGGAAAAGAUCAGCUCAGCAAAAUGAGCAAGCUCCAAAGAGGGCAAAAAUGGUGUAAGUUCCACUUUUCUCAAACCCCUGAAAAAUCCCUAGAACUUCCAGACCAGAUGCGUGUGGAUGUUCAACCCAAUGUUCAGUCACAUAUACAGUCGACAAUCAGAAAAUCACCAUCAAAUCAAUCACAAUUCUCGCCGGGAUUUUGAACGCGAAAAAACAACAAGCAAAUUUCACCCUGCCAAAUCUCCUCUUCUACGCGCAACGAAUCGAUGCAGAUGAGUCAGACAAGAUCCAAGCUUUGAAAGCCUUCGCAUUCUGCCCAACCAUGUUAAACAUCGUGGAGAAAUUCGAAAAAUGGUCGAGUGCCCUUGAAAAAUUCCGAAAAAUGGUUAAAGACCAACUAGGAGAAGAGCGCAAACUAAUCAUAAUGGCGUUAUACGACGGAAACAUCUUUAAAUCGAAUCCAGCGCCAUAUUACGAUGAGGAACUACCAGAAGCAUUGGAGAGAAUCCGAAUUCGAGAGGAUCUUGAAGUACACAUUGUUAUCGAAUCGAAAAACUAUCCAAAAUUCUUCGAGAAAUUGGUGGAACUUUUGAGGAAGAGAAAUGUUGCUGAUACAACGAUCACAUUAGUUCCAAUGGCAAAUACAAGUGAUUCGGAUAGAGAAGAAAUCGAGAGAUUGAUUGGGAGUUUGAAAAUUCACGAUAAGAUUCAUAUCACCUCAUCUCCUUUGACCUCGAAGAUGUUUGCAGCUUUGUUGUGGUAGAAAACCAUUUUUUUGUUAAUUGCUUUGAUGUUCUACUUAUUAAUCAGUUUCUCAUAAAUCAUUUUUGUAUUCAAAAAUGUUUUUUUUCUUAUCAAAGGUAAAUAGGGUAUAAUUUUUCGGACCACUUAAACUCCUAAUUUUGUUGGAAUUACCUUCUGAAACCUUAUGAAGCCUAAAAAUAGCGUUUAAAAUCCUAUAGAGUGUCGGAAAUCUACCCUAAAAGGUGAAAAUUGUAAGUUAGCAGAAGUACACUGUUUCGGAAAGGCACCUUAUACUUUUCCGGACCCUCAAAAUGCAUUUUUGUAGGAAAACCCUUAUGAAGCCUAAAAAUCGCGUCUAAAAUCUAGCCUAAAGGGUGAAAACUGUAAGUUAUCAGAAGUACACUGUUACGGACCUUAUUAAAAGGCACCUUAUACUUUUCCGGACCCUCAAAAACCCUUCUGGAGCCUAAAAAUCGUGUCUAAAAGCCUAUAGGCCUUCAAAAAUGUCGGUUCGGACCCCAGCCCCUUCAUCUUCCUCUCCGGCCCAAACCUGAUCUUCUGAUCUCUCAAAACAUGCGCCAAAUCACAUCAGACAACAAGAGUAAUACCUAUUUCAUUUUUGCGCCCCCGUUUCUCAUCUCUAGCCAUAAAUCUGCCGAGUGAGCCGCAAAACGAGCUCCCCUUUCUAAUUUGGCUGCUCAUAACAUUUUUGCUCUUCGAAAAGUGCACCCCAGAUUAUUUUGCUGAUAAUUCAAAGUGCAACUUUUCCUAUCAAUUUUUUAUUUAUUGAUUUCCGUUCGUGGGUGGUCCUUUUUCCGUUUUAUAACAAAUCUAGGCUUCGGUUAAGCCUAGAAACUUAGCCAAGCUCUAAAGCUUCGUGGGUGGUCCAUUUUUGGUGAGGGACACAAAUGUGUUUCACACUUUUCCUCUCUAAUUCUUACAUCUUCAUCAUCAGUUGUCCUUUUUUCUCAUGUUUUUUUACUUAAUUUAGCCUAUGUGUGUACUUUUCCUAUUUUUCUUCGAGUUUUUUAGAAUUUUUCCUUCUAAGCUCUUAAAGCUCUUAAGCUUUUUAAUUAAAAGAGCAUAAGAACUUUAAGAGCUUUAAUGACUUUAAAGCUCUUGAAGCUCUUUAAUGACUUUAAAGCUCUUUAAUUAAAAGAACUUUAAGAGCUUUAAGAGCUUCUAGAGCUUUCUUUUAAGCUCCUAAGCUUUUUAAUUAAAAGAACUUUAAAAGCUUUAAUGACUUAAAAGCUCUUGAAGCUCUUUAAAGCUCCUAAGCUCUUUGAAGCUUCUAAAUUCUUAAUUCCCCUAAGCUCUUAAAUCUCCUAAAUCUCUUCCUUCAGGUAAAAUGUCUUCUCGACAAGCUUCACAAGAAGAAAGAGAUAGGAUGUUGGCUAUACUGCUGACCGAAGGUCCCUCAAGCUCAUGCUCAAGCUCCGGCUCAAGCUCAAGCUCAAGCUCCGGCUCAAGCUCCGGCUCAAGCUCUAGCUCCGGCUCAAGCUCUAGCUCCGGCUCAAGCCCCAGCUCCGGCUCAAGCUCCAGCUCCAGCUCAAGCUCCGGCUCCAGCUCAAGCUCGCCCACAAAAUCAAGGAUUGCCAAAAAGACCAAGAUUGGAUGAAGUGUGAGUUUACAUAAGCUAAAUCCAACUUUAGAUAGGAUAACUCCAGAAACUUCUACUGAAGUUUAUGAACAAAUUUUUUGCAGUCCACAACAAGUUGCUCCAACUCAGCUUAUAGCUCCAGCUAUGGCUCCGGCUCCAAUUCAAUUGCCAAGACAACAAAACCAAUUCAAUGGUGCUGGAUUUCGAGAAAUGUGAGUUAUUCGAACUCUAGAUUUUCUGAGCCAACCGCAAGUUUGAGCUCAAAUUCUUUACAAAACGAACCUUAGUUUGAAUUUUCUGAAAAUCUGGAUUUUCAGCCGAAAUCUGAAAUUUUCAAAAUUCAAAUUUAGAUUCGUUUUGUACAGAAUUUCGAGGGCUACGAAACUAACCUAAAUUUGAAUUUCGAAAAUCUCAAAUUUCGGCUAAAAAUCCAGAUUUUCAGACAAAACCAAAAUUGAGCUCAUUUUGAAGCCUUUGAAAUUCUCUACAAAACGAACCUGAAUUUGAAGUUGGAAAAUUUCAGAACUUCUCGGAUUUUCAAAGUUCAAAUUCAGGUUCGUUUUGUAGAGAAUUUCAAGGGCUUCAAAAUGAGCUCAAACUUGAUUUUCAGAUUUUUUCUGAAAAUCUGGAAAAUCCGAAUUUUGCAGGCCCGGCCGUUGCGGAUGCGGAACAUGCAUAUUCCAGCCAAUCCUCCACAACAAUGCAUAUUUCCAACCUUCCACACUCCAAUCAUUUGCCGGCCUUCAGAAAGCAAUCAACAAUCGUCUGAACAUCCCGAACGACGAGGUCCGAAUCUACGCUCAAAUCGUAGAUCUCAACGAAGCUGACAAAAAACACGCGAUCAAACUCUGCUCAAUAUGCCCACAAUUCAUGACUUAUAUCAAACGAUUCGAAGAUUGGCGUGAGAUUGCUGAACAAGUUGAACAACAAGUUCUAGGUCGACAUCCACCAAGAAGCAAACUUUCGAUCUCAACACCAUCUGUGAUGUUUCCAGGAAGCGAAAUUAUUCGAAACCUGGUUUUCGAUGAAUUAACCGAGACAUCUGACAUUUUCCAAAGAUUGAGAAUCAAAGAAACAUCGGUUGUAACUAUGGCAAUCGAGGUGAAAGCCUCGGCAAACUACUACAAUUUUCUGGCGAGAACAUUGCAAUCAAGACGACUCGCCGAAACAAAAAUCAUUCCUUUUCAAGAAUAUGGUUGCACUUUGCCCGAGCUUCCGCUGAUUUCUGAAUAUUUUCGGAGCUUGCUUUUUGGUAACAACAAAAUUCAAGUGAUUCUUCCAAAUCAGCAAGAUUUUAUGGUCAAUGAGAUCAAGAAAACCGUCAAUUCAUCUAUUGGAAAUCUACUUUCAUCACCGGAAAUGAGACCGUAUUUUGAGCAGCAGAAUUUAUAUAUUCCGGCUCCGGCUCAACCUGUAUUCGGAGCAGCUCCUAAUGGAGCUCCUUGA